AUGGAGGACUCGCGUUGUUGCAGGGAUCUUUUGAGGCAGCAUGGCCGAAUCAUAGUUUGGCAAUCAAAGGACCAUGUCAAUGUCAUGAGCUUGGACGCACUCGCUUUGAACCACAAGGUGAUGUGCAUUGUGGCAGACCACCAUUGCGCAGAGACCAAGGUGUGGCGGUUGCGCAACUUGCUGUCCAUGCCGCGUGACGCAGUAGCUAUUCACCAUGAUGCUUGGGCCAUGAAGAAGCUUUUCAGUUACGCGCUGAGGAGGUCGGGCUGUGAUGCACGGGAUCCGGACCAGAGCCCUACACGAAGAGCUGAAGGUGCGAAAGAGUUCUUCACCGUCCUCUACCAGCAUUGGGAAGCCCAGCUGAAGGAGAUCCAGGAGAAUCGCCGAAAGAAGGCCGCUGCAGCUUCUGGGGGUGAGAAGGAUUGUGGGAAAGGUGUGAGUUCUGUUAUUGAGAUCCCGGAUGAAGAUGAGUCAAAGGAAAAGGCAGAGGAGACCAAGUCCCUGGAACAGGCUGAGAAAGGAAUCAUCCUGAUUGAUUCUGAUGGGCAGGUUUGGGAUGAUGGGUAUUGUGCUAUCCUUGAAAACGAACCUGAGCCCACAGCGGAGUUCAAGGGGGAGACCACUGAGCCCACACCUGUUGAAGAACCCAAGGGGGAGUACCUGCAAGAGCCCAAGCCCGCACCAAAGCCAGAGCCCACUCCUUCUCCUAGCGAUGAAUAUGAACGGAAAAGAAAGGAAUUGAUUCAGAUGCUUUUGGCAAAGAAGAAAGAGUUGGAGGUCCUUCAGGAGCCGCUGCAGUGUGCAACCGAUACGUCCCCAACUCUUCCAUACAACCCAGAGGCUGCCCUCUCAGAGUAUGAUUGUGAGUCGCAGUGGCGGCUAUGUGUGACACCGAGACCGAAGGAUAAGGAAGAAGUUGAUGAUACUCAAUUCCGAUCCCUACUACGUGCCAAAACCUUGCGGCUUGGGGAUACAGAGGAGGAAGAAGUUGAAGUGGAGAAUGAGAAUGAAGAAGAAGCAAGUGACAAGAAGAACGAUGGUGACAAGAAGGCCGCGGAGAAGGAAGGUGAGGGUGAUGGGGGGGUGGUAGCCGCAACAAAGUUGGAAUCUCCUGGUCCUGACCUGAAGUCUUCUGACAAGAAGGAGGACAUGCAUGAAGAGAAGAUCUUAGAGGAGAAGCAGGAAGGAGAGAACAAGGUUGCUGCUAACGAGGCUGCGGAGGUUAAGGUGGUUGAGAAGGGUGAGGAUAUGAAGGGGGGUGCUCAGGAGACAGGUGGCAAGGAGCCCAAGGAGCCCAAGGAGCCCAAGGAGCCCAAGGAGCCCAAGGAGCCCAAGGAGGUGAAGGAGACGAAGAAAGAGGACCCGAAGGACGACAAGAUUGACAAGGAGAAGAACACUGAGAAGCCAACCCCAGAGCAGAAUGUGGAUAAUGAUGAUGAUGAUGAUGUGCAGAUCGUUGGAGAGAAGACAACCAAUGAAUCUUUCGUGCAAUACUUGGAGAAGAUGCAGAAAGAAGGGCAGACCUUAGAUCAAAUUCUGAAGACGCUGCGCAAGCAGGAGAAGAACAAGAAGGCUGGAGAGAAGGAUGAGGAUGAACCUGCCCCAGUCAUCGCCAGGAUUGACCAAUACAAGAUGAAGAAAGCCAAUAGGGCUGGGGACGAGGAUGGUGAUGAUGAUGAUGAUGAAAAACCCAGAAAAAGACCUGCUUCUCGACGAGGUCGCCCACGGGGACGUGGACGUGGCCGUGGCAGAGGUCGCAAGGCUCAGGUUCACAAGGAGCCACCAGAAGAGGAGGAGGAAGCAGAAGAUGAAGAGAAGGAGGAAACAGAAGAUGAAGAGAAGGAGGAGGAGCCGAAGCCCAGAGCAAAGGCGAAGGCGAAGGCGAAGGCAAAAAGCAAGGCGAAGGCGAAGGCGAAGGCGAAGGGGAAAGCAGAAGGAAAGCCAAAGGAGAAGAAGGCAGAGGCGAAGGAUGAUGAGGAGGAAAGCAAGGGUGAGGAUAAGGAAAGCAAUGGUGAGGAUGAGGAAACUUCCAAAGGAGGGCAUGCGGGGAAAAGGAGGCGGGUAGAGGAUGAGACCCAGAAGGAAGAGGAUGGGCCCAAAGAGAAGGAAGGAAAGAAGAAAAAGGAUGAAAAGCCUGAGGCCAAAAAGCCUGAGAAGCCUGAGAUGCCUGAGACGGACAAAAAACCCAAGAAGGCCAAGAAGGGGAAGCCUGAAGGUGAAAAACCCAAGAAGACGACCACCUCGUUUGCUCGUCGCCCGUGCCCCAAGACGAGCCCGGCAUCUGAUCGAUGGGUGGCAAAUCAGAGCACCUUCAAGACUAUGGUGAUGCCAAGGAUCCAAGCGGAAGGGGGAUCAAGCUAUGCUUGGGAGGAGCCUUUUCUGAACGCGGUGAUGAAGGUUUUCAAUGCUGAUCGAUCGGCUGACCCAUCUACCUAUAAGGAUUUGGCUGCUCAGUGUGUCCCCGCCUUCCUUGACAUGGUGAUGGCGAACAUGAAGGCGAUGUAUGGCCUCCGUCGUGGAGAAAUAGGCUUGGCGAAAUUUGGCCUGGGCUCUGAAUGCAGGAGCGUUAUCUUGAUGGUCCUGGUGAUAUGUGCUGGAGGGGUGAUUGGCAUGGAGAAUCCCCAAAACUCCCUCAUCGGUAUAUAA